AAGUAAACAUGAAUUUUAAGGAGAAGAAGGUAGCCCUUUGGCGUCUGUUUCUUCUCAGUGCAUCGGCCGGUGCUGUUGAUAUGGGCUAUGCAGUCGAAGGAGCUUACGUUGUACCACUGAUGGUAGCCUCGGGUCUGAGUCUAACGCUAUCUACUGUCCUGAUAUCACUCAGCCCUAUCAUGGGGAUGCUGUUUCAAGGGUUUAUAGGGACAAUCAGUGAUAAGUGUAACUGCAGUUGGGGUAGGCGUAGACCAUUCAUUGUACUAUUCUCACUGACUGCUGUGCUGGGAUUUGGUGCUGCUCCUUAUUGUUUCUACUUUCAUAAUCUUGGGUUACACUAUCUGGUUAUCAUUGGUGUGGUUGUCUGCGUAUUUCUAUCAGAUUUCAGCAUUGGAGCACUCCUGCUACCAACAAGAGCAUAUCUAUUAGAUGUCGUCCCAGUCUCUCAGAGUAAAACUGGUAAUUUUAUUUUCUCUGUUGCAAUAGGAGCAGGUGCAGCCUCGGGGUAUGGACUGGGAGCUGUAGAUUGGUCUAAUAUUCCUAGUUUAGGCCUAAAUGCUAACGUCGUUAAUCAAACUAAGAUUGUCUAUGGGAUAACUACAGUAACUCUUUUUAUAGCAAUGCUCUGCACUAUUGCAAGUGUUAAGGAGCAGAAUCCGUCGUUGUUGACAUCUCAAGAAAAACAAAUCAAUGCAGAAACUGAUACUUUACUAGUAUCUACUAUUGGGGAAACUAGCUUCCCCACUUCAUCUGGUAAUCUCUGUAAAACGUUAACAGAGUCUACUAUAGGUAUUUUAAAAUUUGCAUACUACAUGUCUUACAAUAUGUGGUUCUUAUGGUUGAUGAGUGCGUUAGCAAUGGCAGCUGAUUUCGCCUUUACAUUUAGUUUCAGCACAUUCGUUGGUUUAGCAGUAUAUGAAGGAGAUUCAUCCAGUCCAGAAGGUUCGGAGUCUUAUGACUUAUAUACUAAAGGAGUUAGGAUGGGAUCACUUGGAUUAGCAAUAGCAACAGUGUGCUGUUCUGUGAUGUCACUUAUACUGGAUUAUAUCACUCGUUGGAUUCGACUCAAAACCGUACUACUGAUAACAAUAGCAGCCUUUGUCUGUGCAUUAGGUUUGCUCACAUAUUGCAGGGAGUUAUAUCAAGUGUAUAUACUAGCUGCUAUGUAUGGGCCUUUCUUUGCAACGGUAACAAGUGUGCCAUAUGCCCUUAUCCCUAUGUAUGAAAAAUCAGGCACACUUUUUAGGAAGGAAUGGACAAACAGACCACCAAUGGUUGAAGGUGUAGCUGUAGCUACUUUGAAUACUGCGAUAUUUGCUGGUCAAAUAAUAGCAUCACUGGUCAUUGGGCCAGUUGUUGAUGCUGUGGGAGAUGUCAACUAUUUCAUGAUAAUACCAUGUUUCUUUGCAGCAUUAUCAUUUUUAGUCACAUUACCAGUUAAAUCAGAGAGUUAGAUUAUAUAUUGUUUUUAUAUUUAUUAUUAAAGAGAAAGAUUUUAUUAUUUAUGAUUUACUAUUUAGUAUCAAGUAUCA